GGCUAAUGGAAGUGUCAGAGUGUCAACAACGGGCAGCGGCAGUAGCAGCACAGCGGCGCUGUCCGGAGCAGGGAGGAGGGAGUGAAGAGGCUCUUUUCACGCCCACGUAGCUAGCUACAGAGCCUCGCGACCCGGGCCGUGAUCUGCAGCUAACGCCGCGGGCUCGAUGACACUGUAGGGCAGGUUGUGUGGUGGCCUUCUCCGGCUCUACUGCCUCACCGCCGAGCGCUCGUCCCCGAUUAUCCUCGACCGACACCAAAGCAAAUGCUCCCCACAGGCCGAAGACUGUCGGCCCUGUUUACCCCCCUGACGAAUUGGCAGCACGAACAUUUGUCUGAGAUGGGGGAUGACAGACCUUUUGUAUGCUCUGCCCCCGGAUGUGGGCAGAGAUUCACAAAUGAAGACCAUCUCUCAGUCCACAAACACAAGCAUGAAAUGACAUUAAAAUUUGGUCCUGCCAGAACAGACUCUGUUAUCAUUGCAGACCAGACCCCCACACCCACACGUUUCCUGAAGAACUGUGAGGAGGUUGGACUAUUCAAUGAACUGGCCACUUCCUUUGAACAGGAGUUUUCCAAAGCACAGGAUGAUGAACAGAGGACAAAGCACCUGGCUCCACCCUUACAAACACCAUCUGGAGCAAAAGAUGAGGAUGAGGGUCCUUUAGAAGUAGAUUCUUCCCCUCCCGAAAGUCCAGAUUCCUCCUCCAGCAUGUCGGACAUCAGCGGCGACUCAAGGGUGAGAGGAAAGGAGAUUCCCUCAAAGCCCAGUUCGACCCCCACUCCAACCAUUGUGCGUCCAGGUUCUCUUCCGCUUCACCUGAGUAAUGACCCACUCCACCCAACUCUGCCAUCUCCAACAUCUGUCAUCACGCAAGCUCCACCCUCCAACAGACAGCUGGGCUCCCCAACAAGUUCUUAUCCACUGGUGAGGCACCUCCCUAAUGGUCAGACUGUUCCUCUCCUGCCCAGUCCUGUGCAGAUGACCUCAGUUAUAUCUCUUGCGAGGCCAGUGGCCGCGGUGCCUAACAUCCCUGGGAUCCCAGGACCUCCAGUUGUUGGAGCAAGCAGUGCUUCAUCCUCCCCGUCUGGGUACAGUCUGCACUCUGAAGCCAAGAUGCGACUGAAGGCAGCUCUAACUCAUCAGGGCCCGGGAGCACAAGAUGGGGCCGGUGAGGGCGCAGGAUCCAUCCCUGCAGUCCCACAGCGGCAGGAACAGAGCCAGCAGCCCACCCAAAACUCUGAUGCACCAUCCCCUGCUCAACCACAGGUAUCCCCUGCUCAGCCAACAGGGGGUCGGCGGCGGCGAGCUUCAGAGAUGGAUCCUGAUGAGAGAAGGCAGCGUUUUCUGGAGAGAAACCGGGCGGCUGCUUCCCGCUGCAGGCAGAAACGAAAGGUGUGGGUGAACUCUUUGGAGAAGAAGGCGGACGAUCUUGCCAAUAUGAAUGUCUCCCUGUCGGGUGAAGUAACCCUACUGAGGAACGAGGUGGCACAGCUGAAGCAGCUCCUCCUGGCCCACAAAGACUGCCCUGUCACUGUUAUGCAGAAGAAGGCAGCUUUCUUAGCUGCAGGAGGAGAGGAAACCUCCAGGGAUACUUCUGCUGAACCCAUCGGCUCCCCGGCAACAGUUAUCCAACAUAGGCUGUCGCCGUCCGCCUCAGCCUCCAGCCCAGGGGCCACCAUUAACGGGCUGAGCGUCCGGGCUGCAGAGGCGGUGGCUAUGUCGGUCUUGGCUGGCAUGGGAUCGGGCCAGCCGGGAGGGGUCGUCAUGGCGACGCAGUCACAGGCAACUUCAAGAUGAUGUGCUGACGCAGGUAGCCAGUAUGAACUUGAAAGGAAUUUUGAGGCCGGACUGGUGCAAAGUGUUUGGAGGGAGGGGAGUGCCCUCCCUUCUCACCCCAGACUAAGAUACUUCUUCCCCUUCACAGCCAAUGAUAAUCACACAGAGACACGGCACCGUGCCUCCAUCAGCCCUCCACCCCAGCAGGCUCCCUGUUCAGAGAAACUGUGUCUCUCUGUGUAUGUAAAUACGAAUAACACGUCGGAAAACUCACUUUGCAGGGUUCUGGGGAUUAUCUCGUUCAGUUGUGACAGUUGGAAAAAAAGUUUUAAGAUUGGGAUGAAAAGUAUGAAUGAAAAAUCUUUUAUGUAAAAAUCAUCGUUUUAUUUUUGUUUCACUUAAAAAUGCAGCUUCCGUGAAAUUCUGUCCCACACGCUGGCUGUGAUGAGGUUGGUUGCUUUCCAGGCUGACAGUUUUACCGUGUGAUAUCUUGUAUUCUUCAUGUAAGAAAAUAUUUUUUAUGCCUGAAACUGGCCGUUCAGAUAAUGUGUUGCUGAUGCAGUGAAAGUACCGUGAGAGAUUGGCUGGCUGACUGCAGUAAAAUGCAGCCUUCGAAAGUCUUUCUAAUGCUCUUUUCUUAGUUUACUUUUCAACCUGACUGUUAGUUUUCUGUUUGCGUUUCCUUUUUUGAGUUAAUUGUCCCUAAAUACACAAUGGUUUACUCAGCCCAGUGCAUAACAAACCAAAUGAAUGACGUGUACACACAGACUUUACCCUGUAAAUGUCUGCCCGACGUUCGUAGCAUUAGUUUUUUUAGUCAUUUGGAAUGGGUCCCAUUACAUUAGUCGUGUAUGUAUCAAACCCUAUUGGCUGCAUGGAUUAUUCAUGGAUAACGAAUACCACUUAUUGUUUGUGCCUCAUCGUACUAUCACUGGUUAUUGAUCAGCUUUUUUUUCUGUUUUAUAACAUCAAAUUGUUGAUGCUCAAGUUGUCCAUGUCGUGCAAGAAUUCCAUCCUUGGUCCUUGAAAUGGUUUGCUUUAGAAUGAUAAUCAAACCUAAUGCAUCUGAAAUCAUUUACCCCGGCAUUUCAGUUGAGGGAAGAGGUAGUGCAAUAUAUUUUUCUAUUGAAUAUUAAUGUUCUCACAUUUAGCUGACGCAUGUAGCCCAGCCGCUAACAAGUGGUUCGGUCUAUUUCAAUUGAAAGCUUAAGUUACGAGAUGAGCGGAGAAAAUGUAAAGAUGAUUUGAAUGAGUGAGUUGAGAUGAUGAAUGCACGUCUGUAGGGAAAUACAGAGGAGACCUGGUUGCUUUCCAACAUUUGAAAAGCCAUCUUAUAUCACGAAGUAGACUUCAUACAUGUGCAAGGUGCAACGUUUUUAAAUUUUAUUUGUUUUGUACCACAUUUUACUUCCAAGACUAUCACCUUGUCUUUCCCCUUUGUCACUGUUUUUUUUUUUCUUCACAUUUUUGUUAAUUUCUGUGGGCAUGUUAGGCUUUUUUUCUCCAUCAUGGGAUAAUAUUUUCCUUAUUUUAUUUAAGAGCAUAGAUGUCUUUUAUGUGUUUAACAGAGAUUGAUCACAUGGAAAAAAAAAUGUCUUGACAAUAUUUGUAUGGUGGGCGUUUGUCAAAUACUCAGGCCUCAAGAUGGGGAAAUUACUGGUGUAUAGUCUCAACUAAUUAAUAAGUUGUCUCGGGCAAAUACAAUAAAUUAAUGAAAAAGAAAAGGUGA